CUACUCUUCUAUCAAUCCAAGACCUAUCUUCAGUUCAAGAUGACUGACCAGCUUCUAAUUGCAUCCAGAAAAGGAGAUCUCUCAACUGUACGAGAACUAUUGAAGAACAACGAAGAUGUGAAUUCAGUUGAUCAAAAUGGGAACACACCAUUGAUUUUGGCAUCGCGUGAAGAUCAUCUGGAAACAGUAAGAGAACUCUUAAAAAAUAAAGCAGAAAUAAACCGAGCCAAUAACUAUGGUAUGACAUCUUUGAUGAUGGCAUCUUCUGAAGGACACCUUGAGGUUGUCCACAAACUAUUAAAGAAGAAAGCAGCUGUGAAUUUAGCUGAAAAAUAUGGCAAUACAUCCCUAAUGUUAGCAUCGUCAAAAGGACACCUUAAAAUUGUUAAAAAAUUAUUAAGAAGAAAUCCAGAUCUAAAUCUUGUUACUAAAGAAGGAAUGACUUCCUUAAUGUUGGCAUCUUCCAAAGGACAUCUUGAAAUCACACGAAAACUGCUCAAGAAGAAAGCUGCUGUAAAUUUAGCAACAAAAACUGGCGAAACAGCGUUAAUGUUGGCAUCUGGUGGCGGUUAUACUGAAAUAGUUCAAGAACUAUUAAAGAAAAAUGCGGAUGUAAAUCAAGUUGAUGAAAAUGGCAAAACAUCCUUAAUGUUAGCAUCAUCACAAGGACAUAUUCAUAUAAUCAAAGAACUAUUGAAAAAGGAAGCAAAAGUAAAUCAAAUUGACAAUAAUAGCAACUCCGCAUUAAUAAUAGCAUCACAUUCUGGACAUCUUGAAACAGUCAAAGAACUGAUAAAGAAUGAAGCAAAUGUAAAUCAACGUGAUAAUUAUUAUAACACUGCGUUAAUGUGGGCAUCCGGUGGAGGACAUCUUAAAAUCGUUCAAGAGUUAUUACAAAACAACGCAGAAGUGAAUCUAGCUGAUCACGAUGGCAACUCUGCAUUGAUUUUAGCAUCAAGUGGAAAACAUCUUGAUGUUCUCCGAGAACUGUUGAAAUAUAACGCUGAUGUGAAUCAGAGUGAUAAAAAUGGUGACACAGCUUUAAUAUUAGCUUCUGGUGGGGGACAUUUACAAUUUUUACGAGAUACACCUUCACGCGGAUGUCAUCUUGAGAUUGUACAGGAAUUAUUAAGAAACAAAGCAGAUGUGAAUCAGGUUGAUAUCAAUGGAAACACUGCGUUAAUAGUAGCAUCAUACUUAGGACAUCUUCAUAUUGUUCUGGAAUUAUUAAAAAAUAACGCUGAAGUUGAUCUUGUUGAUCAAAAUGGGGACACUGCUUUGAUAUGGGCUUCAUGUGGAGGUCAUCUUGAAAUUGUCCGGGAAUUGUUGAGAAAUAAAGCAGAUAUUAAUAUUGUUAAUACAGAUGGUAAUACAGCUUUGCUUCUUGCAUUGCGUUGUGGACAUUUUGGAAUUGUUCAGGAAUUGAUAAAAAUAAAGCAAAUAUUAAUCUUGCUGAUAAAGGACAUCUUAAAAUUAUAGAAGAAUUAUUGAAGAAUAAUUCAGAAGUUAAUCAAGUUGAUACAAAGAAUGAUAAAUUGCAUAAUGGCAAUGAUAAAGUUGUCCCUGAUUUGACGAAGAAUGAUGUGAAUGAUGUGAAAGAAGUGGAGAAAAUUAAAGACAGGAAUUCACUACUGCCAUCACGUCCUAGAAGUCAACAAAUACUACAAGACCUGCAAAAACAUCUUGACGAUUCAAAGUUGUUGGAUUUGAAAAAGGCAUCAUCUUUGAUAUUUAGAUCAUUAAAAAGUCAUUAUAAACUAAUUAGAAGAUUAAUUUAGUACUCGUAGUAUUUUCAACAUUUUAUUGGGAAGCUAUACGAGUACCUGAACUUGAUUUUAGAUUGUAAACUAAUUGAUUUUACUAUAUCUGAUAAAUAAUCAUAUUUAACCAUGUAUAAUC